AUGUUGAACAUUGCCAUGUGGAAUGUCCGAGGGCUGAACAAACGAGACCAUCAGCUCGCUUUAAAGGACAUGGUCUCUGAAUACAGGUUACAUUUCCUAGCUUGGGAUGAAAAUCUUAUUGAUGUUCAUAUUCUUAGCAUGAGAGAACAAUUUAUACAUUAUUGUGUCACUAAUAGAGUUGACGAUGAACCUGUCUUUAUUACUGUUACUUAUGGUGCUUCCGAGGUGAUCGCCCAUCUGUCUCUUUGGACUACAUUAGAGACAUUAGUUGAACAGUACACGAACAUUCCGUGGCUGGUGGGAGGGGACUUCAAUGCUGUCCGAGAUCUUAAUGAGGUUUGUGGCAUAUCAGGUGACAUCAGGAUGGCCAUGGAUGAAUUUAAUACCGAUAUUCAAGAAGCAAGAUUGAUGUCAUUGCCUAUGCAAGGCGAAUGGUACACGUGGCACAAUUGUAGUACGAGCACGAGGAGUUUGUGGAAGCGAUUGGAUAGGUUCCUUAUUAAUGAUAGAUGGCUCGCAAAAUUUCCCAUGUCAUUCUACCAUAGCCUCACUCCGCGUACGUCGGAUCACUCACCAUUAGUCAUUCAUGGGGACACACAACAACAACACGGAGGUAUGUUUCGAUUUGAUAACUACCUUGCCCUAUCAUCUGAUUUUAUUCCUAGCAUGCAGAAUAUCUGGCAGCAUAAGAUGGUGGGUGUGCUUAUGCAGCAUAAGAUGGUGGGUGUGCCUAUGUUUGCGGUGACACGUAAAAUGAAAGCCCUCAAACUGAUCUUCCGAACGCUGAAAAGGAACAAGGGAGACUUAACACUCAAUGUACAUUUGGCCAAAGGAUUCCUAGAUGAGGCGCAAAACUUGGUGAGCUCCGACAGACAGAAUGAACUUUACCUGUGCUUGGAGCACUGCUGUCGGAUUGUUUAUGCAAAAGCGGCCAAGCUGGAACAAAUUAUGCUACAGCAGAGAGCGAAAAUGCAGUGGAUGAAGGAUGGGGACCAAUGCUCCAAGGUCUUCUUUCGCAAAAUUGCUCAAAGACGGGUGACAAGCAGAAUCUUGCAGAUAAACGAUGAGAAUGGCACCACCCACACAGAACAAGGGGAAGUCGCUCUUGAGUUUCUCGCAUACUAUCAAAACCUCUUAGGAGGUACCAGACGACGUGUACCGAUGGAUAUUCGCUACCUUAGACUGUGGGCGAGGCAUAUUAUUACCGAUGAGGAAGCUGCUCACCUACUCCUUCCAUUCUCACCGGACGAUGUUAAGCAAGCAGUAUUCGAUAUUGCAGAGGAUAACGCACCGGGACCUGAUGACUUCUCAUCAGGAUUCUUUAAAGCAGCCUGGCUAGUGGUAAGAAGUUACAAGGGUGGUGUUGGAAUUUUUUGCUGCGGGGAAACUUCUUCUACACCAAAAAAAUCACACACACUUGCCCUAGCAACCACAACCACCGCCGACGAUGAGGGAGGGGCUCCGGCCGACGAGGAGGAGAAGGACGGUGAUAGGAGACGGCCGAAAACUUAA